CGCAGCUGCGCUGACCUGAUGCUGUUUUGUUGAGAGCUUGAGAAAAGAGAGUGAAACUCCAAGGCUUCAGGUGAAGAGAAGAUUUUAGCCUAAAUAGGCACAUGAGUUUGCAGGCGUGUCCUCCUCCUGACAUGAGAUCUUGCCUGGCCCCUGGUUGCCCCUCCUGCAGUUGAUGACUCUGCAGCCGGUGUGGAGAUGACGGACGGUGUCAGAGCGUUUGUCCGCAAUGUUGCGACGGGAAUCAAGGACUCCAUCCUGGGCAUUGGAACCAUCUCCAAGCUCGAUGCUCGAAUUCAGCAGAAGAGGGAGGAGCAGAGGAGGCGCAGAACGAGCGGGGCCCUGGCGAUGAGACGGGCUCAGAGCGAGGAGCGGAAACAGGACUGUGAACCAAAACUAGCAAGUCGAAUUUUUCAGUGCUGUGCCUGGAAUGGAGGUGUAUUUUGGCUAAGUCUGUUCCUGUUUUAUCGGGUGUUUAUCCCACUGCUGCAGUCCCUCACUGCUAGAAUCAUAGGUGACCCUUCGCUACAUGGUAAUGUGUGGUCCUGGCUGGAGUUCAUUCUGACAUCUGUGUUCAGUGCUCUCUGGGUUCUGCCUCUCUUUGUGCUUAGCAAGAUAGUCAAUGCCAUUUGGUUCCAGGACAUUGCUGAUCUGGCGUUUGAAGUGUCCGGACGUAAAGCUCAGCCUUUUCCCAGUGUCAGCAAGAUCAUUGCAGACAUGCUCUUCAAUCUUUUGCUCCAGGCACUCUUCCUCAUCCAGGGAUGGACCGUGAGUCUCUUUCCCAUUGAUGCUAUUGGUCAGUUGGUCAGUCUCCUGCACAUGUCUCUGCUCUACUCGCUUUACUGCUUUGAAUAUCGCUGGUUUAAUCACGGAAUUGAAAUGCACCAAAGGCUGUCAAACAUUGAGAGAAACUGGCCGUAUUACUUUGGCUUUGGUUUGCCCAUGGCACUACUGACUGCGCUGCCCUCUUCAUACAUCAUAAGCGGCUGUUUGUUCUCCAUUCUCUUCCCACUCUUCAUCAUCAGUGCAAACGAAGCAAAGACCCCAGUCAAACUCUACCACUUCCAGCUCCGCCUCUUUUCCCUGGUCGUCCUCAUCAGUAACAAACUGUUCCACAAGACGGUGCACCUGCAGAGCUCCAUCCCGACCUCCACAUCCACAGAGAAGCUGCCCUCGCCUCACGUGUCCCCGACGCGCCAGCGACCUAUGCCCCCCCAGUGACCUCUUUCAGGAUUCCCAACUCAGUUUGGUUUGAAAGAGUGGAUGGAAAAAUAUUUGCGUUGUCUGUGUUUGAAAGUGUCUGUCGAUGUUCUUCUGAAGGAUGAAUCGGACGGGUUAGUAAUGUGAUCGCCCUGUGCUGAUACACAAGGUCAUGAUUCUCUGUGUGAUUUUUGUUGGACUAUUUUUGUACCCAUUAUGUGCCAUUUGGGUGAUUUGUAGAGACAGCACAAAGAUCUCGGCGUGCACAUUUUCUGUGAACUGACUUCCCUCCUCUUUUAGGCCCUGUAGUUUCUAUCUCAACUCGUUUUAUCUAUUUAUGGCCUUCUUUUUAAUUUUAUGUAAUGACUUUUUCUGCCUUGUGAGGUCCAGACACAUGACAGUUUGUUUCUCAGUUAACACUAAGCUCUAUGACAUGCUUUAGCUAAUAACUUACGGUAUGGAUCAGUAGAAAAAUGUCCCCCAAUGGUUUGUUUUUCUGCACUGAAAUGUGGACUAGACUGAAAAACGAUCAAAUUGAAAGGCCUCUUUAUGCAAGGGAUGUUUCUUGACCUAAAAUGUUGUGAGUUUGCUAGACGUUUUAAAGCUCAUUACUUUGACUACACAUCUUCUUAAUGGAAUAGUUUGUCCGAAAAUUAUUUAUUCACCCUUAUGUUUCUUUAAUUUGUGGAACACAAAAGAAGAGAUUUUGCAA